CGCAGCGGGUCCCUGCCUGGAGAUUCCCUCUUUUUUCCCUGUAUUUUGCACCAAAGAUUCCAAAAAUUCUCCAAGGGGAAAAUAGAAUGAAAGGAUAUCUGCAGCUCGGGGUUGAAGGAAGGCAAGAUCUGCUUGUUGAAGUGUUCGCAGAUGAAAGAGGAGGAUUUGGCUCCCUGCAGAAAACUCCUGUAGUUGAGGAUCUUUGAGCAACAGGUUGGGUCAAGUUGCCGAAGGGCAAGAAUAAACGAUGAGGACAAGGGAGAUCAGGAGAUGAAGACGUUCCUGAGAAAAUGCUCUGGUCUUCCUAGUGUUUUGUUGAAGGUUUGAUCAUACCAGCUGGAGAUUCAAAUUUUUCUCUGGUUGUGUGAGAGCUGAUGGGGAAUGGGGGGUGCUGCAGAAAAGAAAGAAUCUUUACAAAAAUAACCCUGGUGUGACGGCAUCGGAAACAACCGGGAACUACUGAAGGGAUGGGUCAACGAAUUCCAAGGACUGAGUGGCGAAUCCUCUAAACAGCUUGGCAGAGUUGCAACUACAUCUGAAUCUGGAGUGUAUUAAUUCCCCACCACCCCCAGGGAUUCCCUCCCAGGAAGAUGUCGGGGAUCCAGGAAGCCAGCAUGCGGAGCAUCCGCCCGUACAAGUCAAGCGAGCAAUACUUGUAUGCUAUGAAGGAGGACCUGGCUGAGUGGCUGAAAGAACUGUAUGAAUUGGAAAUUGAUGUGGGUUCCUUCUUGGAGAUUCUGGAGACUGGCACCGUGCUCUGCCACCAUGCCAACAACAUCACCCAGGUGGCUAGAGAGUUCAGUCAGGAGUACCCAAGCUUGGCCCACAAACUCCAGCUGCCCACAUGUGGAGUAACCUGUAAUGAGUCGGCUCAGCCGGGGACAUUCCAAGCCCGGGAUAAUGUCUCCAACUUCAUUCAGUGGUGCCGAAAGGAAAUGGAUAUUAAAGAAGUCCUGAUGUUUGAGACGGAGGAUCUGGUAUUGCGCAAGAACGAGAAACAUUUUGUCCUGUGCCUCUUGGAAGUGGCCCGCCGGGCCUCCCGCUUUGGCAUGAGCGCCCCCAUCCUAAUCCAAAUGGAGGAGGAGAUUGAGGAGGAAAUUCGUGAGGAUAUGAAUCUGCCACCUGAGGAAACGCCUCUCCCCAGGCCCCAAAGGCAGCCCUGCAACUUCAAGAACCUUGACCAGAUGGUCCAGCACCUGGUUAGUCGCUGCACGUGUCCGGUCCAGUUCUCCAUGAUCAAAGUGUCCGAGGGGAAGUACCGCGUGGGCAACUCCAACACUCUCAUUUUCGUCAGGAUCCUGCGGAAUCAUGUGAUGGUGCGAGUGGGUGGUGGCUGGGACACCCUGGAGCAUUACCUGGAUAAACAUGACCCCUGCCGGUGCACCUCGCUGUCUCACAAGCAGGCCUUGAAGACAACCAGCCUUCAGAGAGCUCAAGCUGCACAGGUUCAGCAUGAAAUCACUGCCCGCCUCAUGCCCAGGACAGACAACCCCAGCAAGACUCAACCGACUUUAAUUGUUAGCAGAUCCCAAAGCCCGCUGCCCCCAGUGGAGUGGAGUACUUACACAGCCCGGAGUCUUAGCACUGGCCGGAAGGCUCAGUCAGCUUCACCCCCAGACAACAGCAGCAGUAUCCAGAGGACUCCAGGAUUCCAGAUGUCCCGGGAUCACUCAGAACCCAGGAGGGUUCCUUCCGCCAGGGUGAGAGAACGUUCAGCCACUCCUCAGAGGCUGCUGGCCCCUGAAAAGAAACCUGCAUCCAAACAGUUUGCGCAGAGCGGAAAAGAGACGUUACACGAUCGAUUCGCCUGCCAGCAGAACGGAAACACAAACUCAUAUGCUUCAAAAACUCUUCCAGAGCCACCACGAGGAAGAGAAACCAAGAGGAUCCAAACGGUGGCUCUUCAGAAAGCUGAAAGGUUGCCACCGUCUGUUACAGCUCCACUGAGGGACCAAUUGUGUCAGCUUCCAGGAAGUGUCCAUCAGGAAGUGAAGUGUGGCUCCCCGCAGGUCCGUCCUUUCAGCCCGUCCAAGCACUCUCAGCCCCCCACUCCACAGGCUUCCAAAACCCAAGCAGAAAGCUCAGUGGGGCUGGAAGAAGAAGUGACAGGGUCAAAAAGGUGGAAGAAGGCUCCCCUAACAAAGCGACCAUCCUCGCCAGUAAAACAAGCCCACCAGCUUCCCAAAGAGGACAGCAGCACUAAGACCUCAUUCUACAGGCCCCCAACUCCUAGUAAGAGCUACCAUUAUCCUCGCUUUAGAAACGGGGAUAAUACCAUGCCCAAAGAUCUCUUACAAAGUGAACCAUCCACAAAAGAGGUAGCCAGUACUGAAAUGGGAUGGGGCAAGCUGGUCAGCCUAGAGACUUCUGCUGGCAAAUUUCCUGAUAGCUCAAGGGUCAGAAUCUGUAGUUCAAAUUCUGGACAAAAAGUAAAUCAUACUCGAGCACUGUUGAGGGAGGAGGAAGCCCCAAACAGUCCUUGUCAAGACAGCAAAGGGAGUCGCAGAUAUCCCAGGGAGAAGGACCAAGUCUAUACACCUUUGCCCAUUGACUUAGCUGAAGAACAAGCCCUCUACCAGAGUCUAGAGGAGGAAAUUUUGUCCAAUAUUAAGGAGCUGGAGGCAGAUUCUGAUGGCAAUCACCAUCCCAGAGAGAACAAGCUGAAAGAUUUUGCAACAGAUUCUGGUCUAAGGAAAGAUACCCUUGCCGUUGGUUGUAAUGGCCCAAUUUUGUCUUCACACACCCUAUCUAAUUUGCCAAAUGCCAAGAAGGCCUUGAGUUAUGGCAAAGAUGUGCCUCGGAGUGGAGUCUAUGUGCCAGACCACAAUGCAAGAUGGCCCCCAAUGGGAUUUCAUUAUGAUAGUGUCAUCCAAGAGCUCUCCAGGACGCUGGGCAGGGACCAUUUGGAGGUUGAGAGAAACUCACCUCAGUUAAGUUCAUCACUGGUGAAUGGAGACCAGGCCGAAAACAUAGUUCAUGAGGAGAAGUUUGUAGCUGUUGAAUCAGAAGGCAAUGAACCAUCAUUCAAUACUCAUGAAGGACAUGUGGAAGUCAACAGAAAUGGCAAUGCCUCUGAGCCUGAGGUGAUGUCUGACAAAGCCACUAAUUCUCUAGUGAGUUUGCUAGAGAUCUCAAACCUGCCUCAGAAUAGGCCAAGAAGGUCUCUGAAGAAACCAGAACGAGUGCCGUCUAUUUACAAGCUUAAGUUACGUCCCAAGAUCCGACCACGCAAGGACAACAGGCCUGAGAAGAGGCCUUCAAAGAUCCCCAAACCUGUGGCAUACAGGCAUGCCCAAAGAGCAUCCAGUGCCAAAACCCAGGCCAAGACCCUCAGCAACAAAUACCCUACCCAGAAUGGUCUCGUCCAUGUGAGGCAAAACAGUACCGGGAAUGGAGGUUCUCUAGAAGAGUUCACUCUUUCCCAGCACUGCCCAUCCUCUUCACAAGGCAGGGAUUCUGGGAGGAAAACGGCCACAACAAAGGGAAAAAUGGGGCUAACAGAGGAUGAGGAGUCCUGGGUCUGACAUCAGAUGCUAGCUUUGACUCUUCAGUGGUGGGACCAAAUCAAGGGCCAAUGCUUCACUCUGUUUCAGCAGGGUGUCUCCUGACUAGCUGGAAAUUUCUGAGUAAUAUUAUGGAUGUGUUCUGGGAAUUACUUGAGUCUGACUUGGUGAUUCCUGAUUACAAGGAUCCAGGGAUCACACAAGAAAUCAGAUUUCAUAAAUUUUAUUGAACAUUUCAAAGGCCUAAGAAAACAAGUGUUUAAUUAAUUAGCAUCAGUUUUGCUCCAUUAGCAGAGACUGUCUCCAUUUUAACUUAUUAUCUUGCGAGCUGCUUCCAUGUGGGGACGAUUCUCAUUGACCCUCUCAUUGAGGGUGCGAAUGUAAGCGUAUUCUCAGUGACAACAAAAUGUCCACAGGAAGGAUUCUCUGUAUAUUCCUUGGUACUCCCUCGUGCCCACCAGUUACAUACCUCUGAAGGGCUUCUCAUUAAUAACAUAUCCACCAAAUCAAGUUUGGAAAAAAAGCAGUGAGGCAGUAGAAAACCCAGAAGGUGGACAAUCAAAACAAUGUUGAGUGGAAGCUUGGAGGGAAAGACUGCCAUUUGGAAGGCCAGGGAGAGAUAAAUACCAGUGUGAAAUCAGCCUUGUUUAUUGAAAAGUUCCAGCUUUUAUCCUUCUGUGUUCUUCCUUUGUGUUUUGCCAUUUGCUGAAGGGCCUUGGAUAAAUUAAAUGAUUCCUUUGUAUCUGCUUGGAAACGGGUGAAACCUGAAAAUCUCUAAAUAUGCACCAAAGUAAUUCUCAAGCCAUUUCCAUGACAUCCAGCAAACUUCAUGAAUCAUCAGACGUGGAGAUGAAUGUGAGCUUCCCUCCUUGCUCUAAACUUCCCAACCAACCACUUCACAUUCUGUGAGUGGGGUGAACUUAGAGGUUUGUGUAAAUGUGUUUACAGUUGUGUUGCUUGAUGCUGGCUACACAAUACACUAGGGAUGUGUGUGCAGGGGGAGGAUAUCUCCCCUUCUGUUCCUUUUGAUUUCUAAAACAGGUUUGGGGUGUUUUGCUUGUAACUAUGAGGACUAGAAAGGUGCACAAAUGAAAGUUCAGGGGCUCUGGAUUCCAUGUUACUUUUCUCUAGACCGCCCAGAUUCUCUGAGCCAGUGGCAGAAUUCCUCAAUAAAAAUUAGGGGGCCAUAAGGAUUGGUUGGGGUUGGGGGAGGAAGAUUUUCUGCCUGACCCAAAUCUCCCCUUCAAGAUUCUAUGGGGUUUGACGAAGGCAGAUUUCUUAUUUCCCCUUUGUUUUUCCUCUACCUUUAAAUAAUUUUCUA